GUCUCGAACGACCUUUUCUCCAACAUGGCGUCAACUGAUGUAAUGUUGAGUUUGAUUGUUUUGGUUAGAAGAUGGUAAACAAACUAUGACAGCUCUCUCGUCACGUCAUGAACGCCUCUCGCCACCCCUCAGGGGAGUGCGAACAAGAGUGCGAUCCCCUGCUUUUCCAAGAUUUGCCUACAGAUGUACUUUUGUCCAUUUUCCGUUACUGCAAUAUUCACUCCCUCCUGAGGCUGAGUCAGACGUGCAAACGCAUCAAUAACAUCAUCAGUGAGGACUUUGUCUGGCUUGAAAGGAGCAAAAGAGUCAAUGUUUCCAACCAGGUGUCCACGCAAGUCAAGAACAGAUCGUUUUCUAUUUUGCACUGCAAGGAUCGCUGUCGAGUAUCCCAAAAUUGGAACCUAGGGCGUUAUGAGGAAACAAUAUUCCUUCACAACAAAACAAAAUAUAUGCCAUGGCUGCAACUUGAGAAAGAUAUUGUGUGGUUCAGUCGAGGAAGACAAAUUUUGGCCCUGAAAAGGCGGGCAAAUUCUAUUGCUACUGUCCCUGCACUUUCUUUCAAGCCCCACAAAGAAGAUGUCAGCCGAUUUGUUGUCAAGAAUGGGAAGGUUGUCAGUGGAGGAAGAGAUGGGUCUUUGUCAUUGUGGAAUUUGAGUAAGAAUAGAUUAUUGUCGGAGGAAAAGCAUGCUCACAACUUGGACAUUACCGGUGUUGACUUUGAUGGCCAAGAAAGCAUUGUUACUGGUUCUAAAGAUGAGAGGAUAAAGGUGUGGAGAUUAGAGGAUAGAAAGAUUGUUUUAAAAUAUAAUGUUGCUGCUGAAGAUAGAGUGUGGUCUGUUGCUUAUCAAAGUGGAUCAAAUUCUUUGCUUUGCUAUGGAACUUCAGGACUUAGACCGUCCAAAUGCCCCUUGGGUUUUUUUGACAUUGAGAGAAAUCACAUAUUUUCCUUGACAUGUAACAACCUUAAACGUGGGGCUGGCAUCCUGGAUAUUCUUUGGGAAGAUCUUAAUACUGUUGUGACUUGCGGCUAUGAUAGAAUGGUUCGCAUGUGGGACAUAAGAACGCUCUCCUGUGUCCGAUUCUGGUCUGACCCCUUUGACGUAGUCCUCUACUCUUUGGCUUCGGACUACAAUCAUACACUGCUGUGUGGGACUGCCCAGCAUGGGCGUGUACAAAUGUGGGACAAGAGAAUGACGAGGGCUUCACAGAUGUACUUCAUGAACAGCAAGCAUAGCAGCCCAUCUUACAGUUUAGCAUUUGAUGCAACCCAUCUUUUUGUUGCAUUAGAUCAGUCUUUGAACAUGAUGGACUUCUCAGGAUUCCGACAUCGUUCUGUUGCCAAGGACUAUAGAAAUUUCUCUGUACUUACUGACUUCUUAGGCUAGAAGGUACAGCAUUUUACUACUGUAUAAUGUAUUUUUCUCUCACUCCUUUAUGCCAAUCUGGUUUGUCAGGUUUGACAUGUCACUUGCCAGAGUAUUGAAGCAGUGCUUCUUAAAUAGGGUAAAUGAUGUUAAAGCAGUGCCUCAGUUUUUUCCAAAAGCUACAAAAACUCCCCCAGAUCAUUGAAGUUGAUAAGUUACUGAGGUUUCAAAUAUGGUCUGUAGUGCUAGAAUAAUUGGGGGAAAAAAUUGUGUUUUAUCUUAGGUGUUAAAUUAAAGUACCAUUGAUGUGUUAUUUCCAUGUUUUAAGAAAAAACAUUUUUUGCCGGUUGUUGCAUGAGAUAAUAGUUAAAGAUUUUAUUAGAAUUUUACGUUCUAUUUUUCUGCAUACCCGUGAUUGUAAAUGGUGCAGAAUUUUAAGGUGUUCAGAAGCUACAUGAUUUUUUCUAGUGACUGGAAGUAAUAACUUAAUAUUCAAUUCUAUACCUUUUAUUAGAAUUGAGCUCCUUGUUCCACAUACAGUACUGUAUUUGAUGGAUGUCUUGAGUGAUGUCGACAGUUACAAUAAAUGUUUAAUUUUUACAAGUG